CAAUAUUUAUUACACGACCCCCAAACACAUCCUUUAAAAACAUUAUUGUACAAAACAAAAACAAAUAAAAACAAAUGGCCACCUCACAACUUUCCGACCACAUUUUCCGGCCAUCAUUUCACCGGCGACCAAUUUUCCGGCAAUGCCACCUCACUUCAAUUUUCCUAACACCACCAAAAAACACAAAAAUAAAAACAAUUAAAUCACAAAAAAAAAUCAAAUAUGUUAUUUAUCAAAGUUUAGUUGAUAAACAAAGUCCACUAAUAAAAAGUCCAACAGUUGAUAUGAAAAAAUUAGUGGAAUUUUUGUAUGAAGAUUUGCCACAUUUAUUUGAUGAUCAAGGAAUUGAUUGUAUGGCUUAUGAUGAUUAUGUGAAAUUUAGAGAUCCAAUUACUAAACAUGAUACAAUUGAUGGUUAUUUAUUUAAUAUUGCCAUGUUGAAGCAAUUGUUUAGGCCUGAUUUUCAACUUUAUUGGGUUAAACAGACAGGGCCCUAUGAGAUAACUACAAGAUGGACUAUGGUGAUGAAGUUCGUUCUUCUUCCAUGGAAACCUGAAUUAGUCUUCACAGGGACUUCCAUUAUGGGCGUCAAUCCAGAAACAAACAAGUUUAACAGCCACGUGGACUAUUGGGAUUCGAUUCAGAAUAAUGAUUACUUUUCUCUAGAAGGUCUGGUCGAUGUCAUAAAACAGUUAAGAAUUUACAAGACUCCAGACUUGGAAACGCCCAGUUAUCAGAUACUUCGAAGAACAGCAGUUUACGAGGUAAGGAAAUAUGAUCCUUUCAUAGUUGUAGAAACAGAAGCCGACAAUCUCGCAGGAAAUAGAGGUUUCAAUGAUGUUGCUGGGUACAUAUUUGGCAAAAAUUCUACGACAGAGAAGAUACCGAUGACUACUCCUGUCUUCACUCAGGCAUUUGAUGCUGAAAAAUCUAAAGUAUCAAUCCAAAUAGUUCUUCCAUCGGAUAAAUCUUUGAGCAGCUUACCAGCUCCAAAUAAAGAAGGUAUUAGCUUAAGGAAAACGGAAGGAGGCAUUGCUGCUGCAAUAAAAUUUAGUGGAAAACCAACAGAUGAUAUUGUUCGAGAAAAGGAGAAACAACUCCGAUCCAGUCUUAUAAAAGCCGGUCUCAAACCAAAAUCGGGUUGUAUGCUUGCUCGAUACAAUGAUCCUGGUCGCACGUGGAACUUUAUAAUGAGGAAUGAAGUUCUGAUAUGGCUUGAAGACUUCAAGCUGGACUAAGACUUGGAUAUUUUUGGUGUUCAUUAUAUAUUGGUUCCCAUCCCCAAUGGUCUAUCGGGGACAACCUCUCCUACCCCACAGAGGUCAGAGGUGGGAGUAAGGUCUGCGUAUACCCUAACCUCCUAGAUCCCACCUGUGGAACGACUAUGGCAAAGGAUGUAACAAAAGCAAGAAAUUAUGAUUUAUGGUCUCCAAAGUAUGUUAGAAUUUUAAGUUUUAUGCACUAGCGGUGUAAUUUUGUUUUUUAAUUUCGUGGUGUAUAACCGGGCCAACUUGCAUGCACCUUGAUACUUCAUUAGAUAUGUGUUACCUUCUAACAACAUAGAUAUCAAAUAACUUUGUCCA